AUGGCUGUACGCGGCCGACCUAAGGCCCCCGUCAGAAUUGUGGAGCUCGUAAUGGAUGAUCAACAACUCAGUGAAAGGGAUUAUCUACUACGGGAUAUUUACUGCAUAACUCGUGAUAUUGAAUCUACAAUUGAGAUUAUCUUUGUGUUCCACAAAAACAACAAUGCUUAUUUCAAAGCUAAAGUACGUCCCCCAAGGCUUGACGGUCGACGUAUUGGUCUUUUUGCUACAAGAGCACCAUACAGGCCUAACCCGAUUGGACUUACACUUGCAAAAAUAGAGAAGAUUUCUGGUGCCAGUAUCCAUUUUUCUGGGAUUGAUCUUUUAGAUGGAACUCCAGUAUUGGAUGUGAAACCUUACAUACCACAAUAUGACUGUCCCCUAGGUGCUUCUCAUGAGUCUGUGGAGAAAAGCAAUCCUUCAUCACAUUAUCAUUCCGCAAGCAACCAGUCCCCUAAUGUUCCUCCUUGUCCAAGUUCUAACUUUAAACAAAGAAAAAACUCCAGUAAUACAGAAAAAAUUAUUUGCUCCUCUGCAACUAAUUCUGCAGAUGUUUUUGCAGAGGAUUCCACAAUGCUUGGAGUGGAUUCCAUUGAAAACAGCACUUCUGGAAUUACUGAAGAAGAUCUUGAUUUAAGAAGAAAAGCACGAAACUUUUGUUUCACAUCCAAGAAUUAUUGCCUGGAAGAUGAGUCUUUAGGCCAAGAAAAAUUGCAGAAGACUCAGGCAGGAGAGAUUUUCACUCAUGCAAGUUCACAAGGAUCAGAAGAGGAUGAAAAAACAAAUAAAACAUCUACAAAGAAUCAUAAUGUUUGUCUUUCGAAAUUUUCUUCCCAAUCAGCCUUAAUUGCUGUAACAAACUUUGUUGAUUUGAACUCAGAGGCUGCUGUGACACCAUUUUUUACUACAAAAGAAUCUGUUGCCUUAACUCCUGUUGUUUCCACUCCUCUUGCCACAGCCCAAGCUGAUUUCACUCCUCUUACCAAAACCCAGGUUGAUUUCACUCCUCUUACUACAACACCCUCUGAAUCUCCUACCACAAAAGAAUCUAUGGCUUUCACACUUGUUGCUUCCACUCUUCUCACCACAACUCAUACUGAUUCUACUCCCUCAGAUUCCACUCUUCUUACUACAACUCUCUCUGAAUCCACACCUCUUACUACUACUCCUGUAAUUGAAUAUACUGCAACCUCACCCGCUGUUGCUACAACACCAUCCUUCAACACCACAUCAGCACAACCCCUUGUUUCUGCAGACUGGGUCGUUAAAGCUCCUGUUCCCAAAUUGACUGUUUUUUUCACUGAACGUUCCCGUCUGCAGUUGCAAAAGUUCAGCCAACACAAUAAACAGCAGAAUUAUCGGUUAGAAUUCCUCCAAGACUCACGCGAAGUCUGUCAGGCAAUCUGUUCAAUUCUGUCUGAAGAUCCCCGUUCUGUCUAUCGGAGAAACCUUUGUAAGGAUAGCCUGUAUUAUUUCUCUGUGGACAAAGUCCAUGUUACUUGUUGGUUCUUCAACAAUUCUGCCGAAGUUCUUCGGAUUCAGCCCAUGUCCUAUUCAGAGCAAAGCAAAUCAGAAUAAACCACAGAACCACUAUAAACUUCAAUUGCAAAAAUAAAAAUAUAUUUAUUUAAUUUGA